UCAGCCGGGAUGUUUAAAGGCUCUACCGACAAAUUUGAUUUUUCGGAUAUUGAAAGUAGAAAAAAGAUGGGACGCAACGAUGAGGAAGGUGGUUGCCGAAUGUCCAGUGCUUCGGGUUUCCUUCUAAUAUUGUUUGCCUUAGCAAUCGCUGUAGGUGUUGGACUUCUUGUGCAUUUUACUGGAAACCAGAAGGAGUUUAAUUGUAACUGCCAGUGUGGACCAGUCGAGGGUGUGGUCACAUCGGCCCCCGGAGUUCUGACGGAAACAUGCAAGGCUUCAGCGGUUCUUGGAAACCAACAGCUAUGUGGACUGUGUCCCAAAAUGACCACUGCGCCACCUACAGGGAUGACGACAACCAUGCUGAUGAGUACAACAGUAACUAUGGACAACACAACAGGUCCACCUACACCCCCUCCAGGUCCUAUCACAGACACUCGUCUGCCUACCUCUGUCAAACCACUGCUGUAUGUGUUAGCAUUACGACCGGAGCUCUACAAUAGCAAGCCAGAAACUUUUACUUUUAAUGGCACAGUCGGGAUAACAAUAGAAUGCAUUUCUGCCACGGAUAACAUCACUCUCCAUAUAGCCACGCAGAAUCUUACGGCCACCCCGACAGUAGAAGCUGUUAAUACUUCCGAUGUCUCGCCUGUGGUCCUAAACACCACCAUGGACAUGGCCAGACAGUUCUUGAUCCUCUCGUUAGAUAAAUCGUUAGUAGCUGGAAACCAGUACGUCGUUCGAAUCGCCUUCGAAGACAGACUGUCUAAUGAAGUUCUUUUGGGCAUGUAUGUUAGCACUUACAGAGAUGAAGCGGCGAACAUGACCAAAUAUAUGGCUGUCACCCAGUUUGCGCCAACCUAUGCCAGACAUGCGUUUCCAUGUUUUGACGAGCCAGCAAUGAAAGCGAGGUUUGAUAUCACCCUGGAGCGACAACCUCACAUCAUCAGUCUCUCCAACAUGCCGAUAUCUAGUUCAAUAGUCCUCGGAGACGGUUAUAUUGCUGACCAUUAUGACACCUCAGUCGUAAUGUCAACGUACCUAGUGGCCUUCGUCUUUGGUGAACUGGACAGCGUGAAAAAUACAACAGCAAAUAAUGUUCUGUUCGGAGUGUAUACAACGCCUAGUAAUAUCAACCAGACAUCGCUUGCACUGCAACUGGGAAGCGAACUUCUAGAUACAUUUGAGGAAUAUUUCAACAUAAACUAUGUUCUUCCAAAGCUCGACAAUGUCGGGGUGCCUGACUUUGUGUUCGGAGCCAUGGAGAAUUGGGGACUGAUGACGUACCGGGAGAUCUUCCUCGUGUAUAGGGAAGGCGUGACUACCACACAAGACAUGGAACUAACGUCCGAGGUCCUGUCACACGAGAUCGUCCAUUCAUGGAUAGGUAACCUUGUAUCCCCGACUUGGUGGGACGAUGUUUGGCUUAAUGAAGGGUUCGCAACCUUUCUUUCUUACCUUGGAGUUCAUCGCGUAGUCCCCGAGUGGGGGAUGAUGGACCUGAUUAACCUUUAUGUGAUACAACCAGUAAUGGACGUAGACAGCGUUGAAAAUGUGACCCCUGUCUACAGAGAGGCGUACACACCCGACCAGAUACUGGCAUUGUUUGAAAUCAUCACCUACUUCAAGGGAUGUGCUGUUAUACGGAUGAUGUGGAACUUCCUUGGACCAGAAACCUUCAGGAAAGGACUAGAGGGCUAUUUAAAUGAGAAGGCCUAUGGAAACGUCGCUCAUGAUGACUUGUGGGCAGUCUUACAAGCGCAAGCAGUCAUGGAUGGUAAUACUGAUGUCAACGUGAAAGCUGUGAUGGACUCAUGGAUAUUACAGAAGAACUACCCAGUGGUGACAGUGAGGAGAGUGAAUGGUGGCCUCUAUCUGAAUCAGAGUCGAUUUCUUCUCAAGUCUGACAAUACUACUGAUUUCGCAGGAUACAGCUGGAAUAUCCCAUUCACCUACACCACUGAUAAAGAACUGAAAUUCGACCAGUCGGCAAGUGAUAUAGUUUGGAUGGCACCAAAUACACAAGUAUACGUUACCGAUGCCAGCCUCAACAAGUCCAGCGGAUGGGUUAUGGGGAACAUACAACAUUAUGGGUACUUCCGAGUGAACUAUGAACAGGAGAACUGGAACGCCUUGAUAACUCAGCUGAACACUGAUUAUACGAAAAUUCACGUUGUAAACAGGGGAACUCUCAUAAGCGACGUCUGGGCUCUAUUCAAGGCUGGGAUGGCUGAUGUGGAGACUGCCUGGGAUAUGCUGUCCUAUCUACGUCACGAGACUGAGUUUAUACCCUGGUCGUACGCUGCUAGUGAACUCACGUUUCCGGAUAGUAUGUUGAGAAGUCGUCCAGCGUAUGGAAAUUUUGAGAGAUUCAUGCUGAGCUUGCUUGAAGGCCGUUCAUUGAAUGUCACCCUGAAUGACAACCGUCCUACCCAGCAAAGGUCCCUUUCAAAACUGAUGUUCAGUCUGUCGUGCAAAUAUGGUAUUCAAGCAUGUGCCACGCGUUCAAAAGAACUAUUUAACGACUGGAAAAACUUAGGAACACUGAUUCCAGCUGACAUCAAGGAGACAGUAUUCUGUAAAGCAGUAAAAGAAGGAGGAGAAGAGGAAUGGGAUUACAUGUUUAACCUUUACGUCAAUGGACCAGUCACGGAACAACCCGCCGCACUCACUGCACUGGCUUGUUCAGACCGUUUGUGGAUCAUCAGCAGAUAUUUGGAUUACAUACUAGAUCCGUCGAAAAUCAGAAAACAAGAUGUCCCCCGUGCCUUCAUAACACUCUACAGCAAUCCUAUAGCCUUCUAUCCGGCUUUUGAGUUCAUCUUGGGAAAAUGGGAAUUCCUGGUGGUUGAGUAAGUAUACAGGUUUAAAUUUCACUCUCUCUUUCCUUCAAUGUUUGUGUGUUUUAUUUUUUUCCAAAAGAAGUUAAUAAUGGAGUAAGGUACUCACAACGGAUACCUACUAUUUCAAAUAUUGCUGACAGUAACGAUAAGGUAUACGGUAAAAAGCCAAUGUAAUAAUAGUGAUUGGAAUAAAAAUCAGAACAGCGAGGGUGUGGAAAACUAAUACAUUCACAUCAGGGAUUCAGAAACCAAUAUAGUCUGAAUCCCAACGAAAUAUUGAUUCUUUCUUUCUCAAACUUCAUAACUUAACCGAGGCAUGUAAUUCACUUGGACAAUAUGAACUCUUAUCUUAUGAUGCUAUUUUUAGCAUAACUUCUUAUGUUAAUGAAAUAUAACAAGAGGAAAGAAUCUCACUAAAAUGUCGCUAAUCUACGUGACAGCUUUAUUACAGUGACAAACGCUUCUAAAUUUAAAAAAAACCCAUCAAUUUGCAAACCGCAUUUUUUUUAUUAUCUCCGUGGAAAUAAUUGCUUGAGUAUAGAAAUAACCAUUAUUUGUUAAAAGGGGAGGCAGGAUAGUCUAGUGGUAGGACGUCAGGCUCAUGACCGAAGGGUUGCAGGUUCGAGUCACGUCACUGUGUUGUAUCUUUGAACAAGAUACUUUUCUUCGCUUGUUCCAGUCUAUUUAGCUUGGAAUUGGUGUAUGCUAACUGCGCCUAAAUGGCGGCAGCGAUGCAUGGUCCCCACGGAGUUGAGAAAGUUAGCGGAUGGUUGCAAAGGCCCAAUAACCACGGAUACUAAUUUGUGAACCGCUUUGCGACGACCUAUGAUCUAGGUAGUGAUAAGGCGGUAUAUAAGAACCUCGAAUUAUUCUUAUUAUUAAAUGUUUCGUAUAGAAGUUCAAAUAGCGCACCCAAAAAUGUUACAUGUUUGGACGACUAGUACGAUAUGUAAUCUGUUGACUUCAAAUGGUCAAAUUUGGCAUAAUUUAAACUCAAGAUAUAUGGAACCAAAUGUAUCAAACCUUUAUUAUCAGUGCAGGAUUACAUGAAAACUGAAGAUAUAAACAAAACUAAAUGUCAAAAUUCUCUGAAAUCAACAUAACAUUACUUAUCAGAUGAUUGAAAUCUUCAAAAAAUGACAAUGAAGUGGAAUCAACUUUUUCAUAUAACUUUUAAAAAAUACAACACCAAACGAGCUGACGUAAUAUACAUGUACUAAGAACCGUGAUGUUUGGCGCAUUUGUUGUAAUUCUUACGUCUGAUUGGUUGAAGUUUAACGAUAAUGAAAUUA